GAUGCGUAAAAACACAGUCUUUGGCAGCUCUGGAGAGGCUUCACUGCUGCGCACUUUGACAGAAAGAAGACAAAAGUGAGUGAGUUGGGUAAGAAACAAAGUGUGGGAGGGUGGGAGAGCCCUCCCCUAAGUAAAUGUCAAGAUGGAUCCACUCCUUCAUAACCCAACUCUUCCCCUGGAUUUCGCAGAUGACCAAAGUGUCCAAACCGGACUGUGAGUCUGACCAAACGGCCACAAGACGACAAAAUGAGAAGAACACAUUAGAUACUGCACUGUGCGUCCACUAGUUUAUUUCAUUCAUCUGACAGUGAAAGAAGCCAAACACCCUCUGGCGAAGAACCACUUGGCUACAUGUGACGGUUUGCCGGCUUCCUUGCGCACUGCACGCCUGUGCUGGUGAUGCCAUGCCGCGUAGUUCUGCCGGCGACGAGAACAGCGGCACAGGACUCUGGCUGAAGACCUCAGCGGGUCGGAGGGCGCAGGACUAUACGUUAAAAGAUGUGGAGUCUGGACGGAAGACGAUGAACAACACGGUGCGAGUCGGGGACGGUCUCCCCUCUUCUGCCGCGGCAGGUGCGCUGGGAGCGGAGAGGAAGCAGGGCGCCCGGCUCAGCCUGCUGGGGAAGCCCCUGACCUACAGUGCGCAGAGCGGCCGCAGGAACGCGCGGUACCGGCGGCUCCAGAAUUACCUCUACAACGUGUUGGAGCGGCCAAGGGAGUGGGCAUUCGUCUACCACGCAUUUGUGUUCAUCUUGGUGUUUGGGUGUCUGGUUCUCUCUGUGUUUUCCACGAUCCCCGCCCACCAGGAGUUCUCCUCACACUGCCUGCUCAUCCUGGAAUUUGUGAUGAUUGUGGUGUUUGGUCUGGAGUACAUCAUCAGGAUAUGGAGCGCAGGCUGCUGCUGCCGCUACCGAGGCUGGCAGGGACGCCUCCGCUUCGCCAGGAAGCCGUUCUGUGUCAUAGACAUCAUUGUGCUCAUUGCCUCCGUUGCUGUGGUUUCAGCCGGUAGCCAGGGUAACAUCUUUGCCACCUCUGCUCUGCGUAGCCUUCGGUUCCUACAGAUCCUGCGCAUGGUUCGCAUGGACCGCAGGGGUGGGACCUGGAAGCUGCUGGGAUCUGUAGUUUAUGCACAUAGUAAGGAGCUGGUGACAGCCUGGUACAUUGGAUUCCUGGUGUUGAUUUUCUCCUCCUUUAUGGUCUAUCUGGUGGAGAAAGAAUUGAACAAGGAGUUUGCUACGUAUGCUGAUGCUCUGUGGUGGGGCACGAUCACCCUAACAACCAUCGGCUAUGGUGACAAGACCCCACAGACGUGGACAGGACGGUUGUUAUCAGCUGGCUUCGCUCUGCUGGGGAUUUCUUUCUUUGCCCUCCCAGCUGGCAUCCUAGGGUCAGGCUUUGCCCUGAAGGUGCAGGAACAACAUCGACAGAAGCACUUUGAAAAGAGGAGGAACCCAGCUGCCAGUCUUAUUCAGUGUGUCUGGCGUAGUUAUGCUGCUGAUGAGAACUCGGUUUCCAUUGCUACCUGGAAGCCUCAUUUGAAGGCGUUACAUACCUGCAGCCCUGCCAAGAAAGAGCAGGGCGAGACUACUUACAGUCAGAAGUUGAGUUUUAAGGAGCGAGUCCGGAUGGCCAGUCCGCGUGGCCAGAGUAUGAAGAGCCGGCAAACGUCCAUUAACGACCGCCAGCGCUGUUCCCCUGGCAGCGAGGUAGUGGGCGGGCCCGAGCUGAUGGGUGGCAGCCCAGCCAAAGUGCAAAAGAGCUGGAGCUUCAACGAUCGGACCCGGUUUAGGCCGUCACUGAGGCUCAAGAGCCAGAUUCGCACCGCUGUCCCUGAUGUGGAUACAGGUAUGACCACGGAGGAUUCCUUUGAUGAAAGAGGCUGCCAUUGCGAUGUUACAGUGGAGGAUCUCUCAGCUCCUCUCAAGGCUGUCAUCAGAGCUGUCAGGAUCAUGAAGUUUCAUGUAGCAAAGAAGAAAUUUAAGGAGACCCUACGCCCGUAUGAUGUGAAGGACGUUAUAGAGCAGUACUCUGCAGGACAUCUGGACAUGCUCUGCCGCAUUAAGAGCCUUCAGACCAGGGUGGAUCAGAUCCUGGGAAAAGGUCAGAUACCUCCAGAUAAGAAAAUGAGAGAAAAACUCCAUCAGGAUGGAGACUCGAUGGAGGGCAUGAGCAUGUUAGGGCGUGUUUGUAAAGUGGAAAGACAGGUCACCUCCAUUGAGUCCAAAUUGGACUCUUUGCUGGAAGUUUACCGCCAAGUCCUUCAGAAAGGCCCCUCAGCGCUCACCCUCUCCUCCUUACCCCUAUUUGAGCUGAACAACCACCAGCACCACAACUCAGACUACCGGACCUCCCUCAUAGGCAGGGACCUCCCCUCUCCUCAGGGGGGUGAUCCAGUUGGGGUCGGCGGAGACAGCAAUAAUGGCAUACGCCGGCCCCUCGGUGCCAACCCCAGGGGGCUGCGGCUCAUCCUAGCCCCAGCUGAUGAUGACGGCCCCCCAGACUCAGCACCUCCCUCCUACCCCCCAUCCACAGCCUCCCUCUCCCCAUCACCCCUGUUGCCCCCCGAGAGCCCCUAUCCAACCCUAGUAGGGCCCAAUGGCACCUCUAAAAGAGCACACUUCAACGACCUGCCGCCUCCGCCUCCUUCGACCGGAGCCUUUACCCUCCAGCUUCCCCCCAUGCUGCACCCCUCUCACCUUCGAUGCCCCUCUGACCCUGUCCCGGAUGAUAUGGAAGAUGAAAUGCCAAUAGAGGAAGGAGGCCUCGGCCCCUCUGUUGUUGUGAGAUCCAGUUUGGAUGUGGACCAAGAAGAGGACAAUGAGGCAGGACCUACCCAGGAGAGGGUCCAGCUGCGGGACAACCCUGCUGGCUCCAAGGGUGAAGGGGUCUGGAGGAGGCACAUGAGCUUGGAAGUCAACCCCCUGCUAUUACUCUCAUCCAGCCCAGAAGGGAGAUCCUCAGACUGGGGAGGCAGGAAAUCCCUCUCCGUACACAAUCUCAGUCAGCCUUUGACCCAACGUGACCCUGGUCUUUCCUCCAUGCUCAACAACAGCAGCAGCAGCAAUGGUAGCGAACAUGACAACCCUCAUGGAGAUCUGAGCACGUGGGAUGAAACAGAACUUUUUAUUGGAGAGUGCAAGCUUCAACCGCCAGAAGAACAUUUUACCUUCCUGUCCCAGGGACCUGACAACAGCCCAACAGACCUUUUGCAGAAUGUGGAGGAGGCUGCAGCUCACAACAUGGGAAACCCAGAUUUUCUUAGUCAAUCACCACACAUACAGCUGGCAUAACCACAAACACAAUUACACAAACAAUUUUUUCCACUUUUUCAGGUACAAGAAAGUUAUAUGAAUUGUACCUGAUGUACUGUACAUGAAUUGCAUAUGGACAUUUGAUGUUUUUACAUUUUGUCUUACAUGGCUAUAUGGCACAGUUCAUGACACAAUACAAUUGUAUCAGCUUUUGUAUACAUUUUUGUGGGAUAUUAAAAUUGAUCAGGUACAAAACACAUUUUGCAAUAUAGUAUUAAAGGUAAAAGUAUGAAAUACUUAUGAAUAGUAGCUGUAUCCAUGUAAGACAAAAUACAAAACACUCAACAAUACACUAAUACAGGCUGAAAAAAAGCAUGAAAUUGUACAUUUUACAGUUAAUUUAUAAAUUUUGUUUACUUCCCACUUACAUUUUGUAGAGGCUGAAUCACAGAAAUCCUCCCUUAAAGAAAAUGUGCAUUUUAUCAAAAGAUAAAACAUAAUACAAACACAGUCUUACGCACAUGAAUUCCAUAGCUGUGAGACAGAACAUAUAUUAAGAUGUUAAUGUAUGUCACGUUAUUUUAAAUGAACAAAUAAGGAAUGUGAACUGCGAUUUUAGGCCUACAUACAGACUCUUUGCCUUGACACUAUGUACCAUAAAUAGUUAAUCACUAAUCAACCCACCACAUAUGGACACACAUUGGUAGACGCAGAAACACACUCAGAUGUACAAAUGCUAAUCCUCUAAACAAGAGCCAACUUUUCGAUGAGCUGAGACUGAUUGACUGACUUUCUUUUUCAUAUAAGUGCUUGUAUUCAGACUUUCUUCUCAUGGACAAGGAAGAAGACAAGUGUUGCUCACCCUCUUCAAAGUCUGUCUUUGGCAAUGGAAAAUGCUAUUUUUACUUCUUUUUUCAUACAUAUCACUGCAUGGACUCUUUCCAAAAAAAAAA